AUGCUGAAGAAUGGAACUAAGAUGGAUAAGGAAGAAGAAGAAAAGUUAAUAAACAUGUUGCGAGAAUGUAAAGAUGUCUUUGCGUGGAGCAUGGAUGAGAUGCCAGGUGCAACGUAUCAGAGAAUGGUGGAGAAAGUUUUUGCAAAGUGGGUGCAUACAACCUUGGAGGUCUAUGUAGAUGAUAUGCUAGUAAAGAGAAAGAAGGCGGUAGAUCAUGUUGAUAAUUUGAGGGAAAUAUUUGAACAGAUGCGACACCUUAAAAUGAAAAUAAAUCCAACCAAGAGCAUCUUUGGAGCAGCAUCAGGAAAGUUUUUAGGCUACAUUGUAUCAAAGAAAGGAAUAGAGGUGGAUCCAGAGAAAGUUCAGGCAGUUCGAGAUAUGCCAUCACUUGCAACGAUAAAAGAAGUACAAAAUCUGAAUAGACUACUGGCUUCCUUAAGGCGAUUUGGAAUCCCGACACAAAUAGUAUCCGAUAAUGGGAAGAAGUUUGAAGGAGAAAACAUGGAGAUGCUAUUUAACGCGUUUAAAAUCCAAAGUGGGAAGUCAACGCCUUUUUACCCACAAAGUAACGGACAGGCGGAGGCAACAAAUAAAACACUCGCAGAUAUAUUGAAGAAGAAGUUGGAAGGACAUAAUAAAAGAUGGUGUGAACAUGUUCCUAAUGCUAUAUGGGCAUAUAGAACAACAAGAAGAGAAGCUACGGGAAUGUCACCAUUCUGUUUAACAUAUGGUAUAGAGGCGGUGUUACCAACUGAAGUUAUCGUCCCAACAACAAAGAAGGAGGCAUGGGAAAAGAAUUUGAAUACAGAUUUGAUCUUGGCAAAGCUAGAUGACUUAGAAUAA